AACUGCUCUCUGUUGUGAGGAGCUGAACGUGUUCUGUGCAGCAGCGGUCCGGCUCGGAGUUUCUGCGCAUAUUUCUGCACAUUUUUUCGGAUCUUUUCGGACACUUUGGCAUCAUGGACGUCGCUACAGCCACCGCGGAAAAUGUCGGAGCGACGGUGAAGGACGAGCUGGCGGAGAAAUGCCAGAAGUUGUUCCAGGCUUUCUUAGAGGAGUUUCAGUCCGGGGAUGGGGAGGUGAAGUACGUCCGGGAGGCCGAGGAGCUGAUCAGGCCUGAGAGGAACACCCUGCUGGUGAGCUUCACAGACCUGGAGGGCUUCAACCAGGAGCUGGCCACCACCAUCCAGGAGGAGUACUACAGAGUGUAUCCCUUCCUCUGUCGGGCUGUACGCAACUUUGCUCGGGAUCAUGGGAAUGUUCCUCUGAACAAAGAGUUCUACGUUGCCAUCGAGGAUCUCCCAACCAGACACAAGAUCAGAGAGCUGUCCUCGAUGCGUAUCGGCACCCUGGUGAAGAUCAGCGGUCAGGUGGUGAGAACACACCCAGUCCAUCCUGAACUGGUGAGUGGUACCUUCCUGUGCAUGGACUGCCAGGCGGUGAUCAAAGACGUCCCUCAGCAGUUCAAAUAUUCCCCACCGACCAUCUGCAGAAACCCCGUCUGCAACAACCGCUCCCGCUUCCACCUCGACACACACAAAUCCAAGUUCAUCGACUUCCAGAAGGUGCGUAUCCAGGAGACGCAGGCGGAGCUUCCUCGUGGUUCGAUCCCUCGUUCCCUGGAGAUCGUGCUGAGGGCCGAGGCUGUGGAGACGGCUCAGGCUGGAGACCGCUGCGACUUCACCGGGACUCUCAUCGUCGUGCCGGACGUCUCCCAGCUCAGCACUCCUGGUGUGCGAGCCGAGACCAGCAGCCGUGUGGCUGGAGGUCCUCAGGGCUUCGAGUCGGAGGGUUUGAGAGGCCUGAAAGCUCUGGGAGUCAGAGAGCUCUCAUACAGACUGGCCUUCCUGGCCUGCAACGUGGCCCCGACCAACCCACGAUUUGGUGGUAAGGAGCUGCGUGAGGAGGAGCAAACUGCAGAGAGCAUCAAGAGCCAGAUGACGGAGAAGGAGUGGGAGAAAGUGUUUGAGAUGAGCCAAGACAAGAACCUGUACCACAACCUGUGCACCAGCCUCUUCCCCACCAUCCACGGAAACGAUGAGGUGAAGCGCGGCAUCCUGCUGAUGCUGUUCGGAGGCGUUCCCAAGACGACCAUGGAGGGAACCUCGCUGAGAGGAGACAUCAACGUCUGCAUCGUUGGAGACCCGAGUACCGCAAAGAGCCAGUUCCUCAAACACGUGGAGGAGUUCAGUCCCAGAGCUGUGUACACCAGCGGUAAAGCCAGCAGUGCUGCAGGUCUGACAGCAGCUGUGGUUCGAGACGAAGAGUCCCACGAGUUCGUCAUCGAGGCUGGAGCUCUGAUGCUCGCAGACAACGGUGUUUGCUGCAUUGAUGAGUUUGACAAAAUGGACCUCAAGGACCAGGUGGCCAUUCAUGAAGCCAUGGAGCAGCAGACCAUCAGCAUCACCAAGGCUGGAGUCAAGGCCACUCUGAACGCUCGCACUUCCAUCCUGGCUGCUGCCAACCCAGUGAGCGGACGCUACGACCGCAGCAAGAGCCUGAAGCAGAACGUGAACCUGACCGCCCCCAUCAUGAGCCGCUUCGACCUCUUCUUCAUCCUGGUGGACGACUGCAAUGAGGUUACAGACUACGCCAUCGCCAGGCGCAUCGUGGACCUGCACUCCCGUGUGGAGGAGUCGGUGGACAGACUGUAUUCUCUGGAUGAGAUCCGCAGAUACCUGCUCUUCGCCAGGCAGUUCAAACCUAAGAUCUCCAGCGAGUCAGAAGAGUUCAUCGUCGAGCAGUACAAGCGUCUCCGCCAGCGAGACGGCUCUGGAGGUGUGUCCAAGUCUGCCUGGAGGAUAACGGUGCGACAGCUGGAGAGCAUGAUCCGCCUGUCGGAAGGCAUGGCGCGCAUGCACUGCUGUGAUGAGGUGCAGCCCAAACAUGUGAAGGAAGCUUUCCGUCUUCUGAACAAAUCCAUCAUCAGAGUGGAGACGCCUGACAUCAACCUGGAGCAGGAGGACGAGCUGGAGGAAGAGGAGCAGCAGGAGGAAGGCGACAACAUCCCUAAUGGAGUGAAUGGUGUCAAUGGAGUAAACGGUCAUGUGAACGGUGUCAAUGGGCAUGUCAAUGGAAUUAAUGGCCAUGGCAACGGUGUAAAUGGUCACGAUGAACCCGGCAGUCAGCCCAAACCAUCUCUACGCCUGUCCUUCACGGAGUACAGACGCAUCUCCAACCUGCUGGUCCUGCAUCUACGCAAAGCAGAAGACUCUGAGGAGGAGGAGGAGCUGAAGAAGAGUGCAGUGGUGAACUGGUAUCUGAAGGAGAUCGAGUCAGAGAUCGACUCUGAGGAGGAUCUGAUCAACAGGAAGGGUCUGAUAGAGAAGGUCAUCCACAGGCUGGUGCACUAUGAUCACAUCCUCAUCGAGCUGUCCCAGGCAGGCCUGAAGGGCUCGGAGUCAGCGAGCACAGAAGAAGAAGUUGUUCUGGUGGUCAACCCCAACUACAUCCUAGAGGACUAAAUCGCUCCACCAUCCAGCUUUACCACAAUAAAGCUGAUGUUCACAGGAGUUGUUAAUGCUCAUAUGUACCACAUACAUUAUAGACGCAUUGGAGAUGCUGUUAGAUUUUGUAAAAAGAAACGAUUAAAUUCUGUGGCUCUCAAAGAAAUAUGUUUGCUCAGUCAAGCUGACUUUUUGUAAAUAUGUUGCUCUUUUCUCAAGUUGUUUACUGGCUUCUGUCUGAGGCAGAGUCAGUGGAGUUUCUCUUAAAAUGUGUACUUAGUGUUUGUUUCCAGAACUGUAAAUUAGAGACAUACACCAAGACGUACUUCUGUGGGUUCAAGUUAUAUUGUAUGUUUUUUUUUUUGUAUAUGUAUGACCUGAAUUGAAUGGAAAUGUUGGCUCAAUUAAAAAAAAUAAAAGAAAAAGUUUAUAUAAACACAAA